AUGGUUGACCCCAAGAGACACAUCAACAUCCUUUCGCCAGAGGAACGGGCGUUCAUUGAGGAGUGCGACAAUGAAUUUGCACAUCGGUUUACGGAUUUGGACGAAGAAUUCAUGGCGCACUGUCAGCGUCCCUCGAAACCGCCGCCAAUAGUAUAUCCGUGGAACAAUCGCCGUGGUGGCGGCGGUGGCGGAGGAGGAGGUUGGCGAGGAGAAAGACGUUUCAACGACAGGGGUGGAAGAGGGAGAGGAGGUGGCCAUUUUAAUAGGCGCGAUGCAAGACAUCAGCCAUACAAUAAUGACAGAUAUCGUAGAAAUAAUCACCAGUCCGGUCGGGACGAAGGCUAUAGAAACAAUUCAUCACAAUCUAACAGCAGACAGUACGACCGAUCCGGCCGAGAACGCCAGUAUCAUGAGGAAUCGAAGUGUUAGUAUGGAGUGAAUUUAAUGUAUAACAAGUUUGCAUACCCGUCGUUGCAACGUAAGUCUAUCCGUUCGUGUGAGCGAGCUGAGAAUUUUCCUUUCAUUUGUAACCAACACUUGGCGAGUGUUAAAACGUACAGAUUCUUUACGCAUUGUAAAUAAAUAUCUGUAAAUAAAGACUGAAUUGAACAAA